AUGAAAGCCGCAGGAGAAUUUUACGCACUUACAUUUAUGAUAAUACCCUCGAAGCAAGGGUAUAUGGAUAAAAGCAAUCUAGAAGAACAAAAUGCCGAUGAAUUUUGCCGAAAUAUACCUUUGGAAGAGCAUGGUUGCUCUCCCUGUCCAUUCUCUGGUAUUGUCGCUUCAGAUUUAGAAAUAAUCCCUUUUGAAGAUGGAAAAAGAUUUCUCUAUGAGCUUUCUGUAGAAGAUGAAGAUUAUUGA